CGCGGCGCGCACGCAGAGUCAGACCGUUGCCGCGACCAUGGCGGAAUGGAGUGGACUCCACAGCAGCACAAGUAGACACACCAUGGACAAAAGCAUCACUCUCCCACCCGACGAGAUAUUCCGCAACCUGGAGAACGCGAAGCGGUUCGCGAUAGACAUAGGGGGGUCUCUCACAAAGCUCGCCUACUACUCGACCGUCCAGCACAAGGUGGCCAAAGUACGAUCCUUCGACCACGCGACAAAGGAGGCCACCAGUGACGAGCUCUAUGAAAUAUCUGUGCAGGAAGAGGUCACUGCACGGCUGCACUUCAUCAAGUUUGAAAAUGCCUACAUUGAAACGUGCUUGGACUUCGUCAGGGACCACCUGGUCAACACGGACACCAAAGUCAUCAAAGCCACAGGCGGAGGGGCGCACAAGUUCAAAGAGCUCAUUGAGAGGAAACUGGGGCUCAGAGUGGACAAAGAGGACGAGAUGACCUGUCUCAUCAAGGGCUGUAACUUCGUGCUGAGGAACAUCCCCCACGAGGCCUUUGUGUACGCCAAGCACGCCGACUCCGAGUUCCGCUUUCAGACCACCCAACCUGACAUCUUCCCGUACCUGCUGGUGAACAUCGGCUCCGGCGUGUCCAUCGUCAAGGUCGAAUCGGAGGACAAAUUUGAGCGAAUAGGAGGAAGCUCAAUAGGCGGAGGGACAUUCUGGGGCCUUGGAGCGUUGCUCACCAAAACAAAGAGAUUUGACGAGCUGCUACAGUUGGCCUCCAAAGGGCAGCACACGAGCGUCGAUAUGCUCGUCAAAGACAUCUACGGAGGAUCUUACGGGUCUUUGGGCUUGACUGGAGAUCUCAUUGCGAGUAGUUUUGGAAAAUCUGCUACCGCUGACAAAGGGUUCCCUAAAGAAGACAUGGCCAAGAGCCUCCUGCACAUGAUCAGCAACGACAUCGGGCAGCUGGCCUGUCUGUAUGCCAAACUCCACAACCUGUCCCGAGUGUACUUCGGAGGCUUCUUCAUCAGAGGACACCCCGUCACCAUGCACACCAUCACCUACAGCAUCAACUUCUUCACCAAGGGUGAAGUUCAGGCCUUGUUUCUCAGACACGAAGGCUAUCUCGGAGCCAUCGGAGCAUUCCUUAAAGGAGCAGAGGAGGACAAUCCAAACCAGUACAGUUGGGGGGAGAAUUACGCGGGAAGCUCUGGCCUGAUGAGCGUUUCUCCAGACAUGAAUCCAAUGCAACGUGCACGUAGCGGAACGAAUCCUCGUCAUCACUGUCAUCACACAAAGUUCGACAUGCUGGAGAUGGACCGCCUGGAGAGGAAGCUGGUGAAUCUGCCUCUGCUGCAGGACGCCUCGUCUUACAUCCCAGACACCGUGGACCUGGCGGAGGACGCCCUGGCCCGCGAAUACUGGCUGUACUGCUUCGAGGAGGCCCUCGACGGGGUGGUGAAGAGAGCUUUAGCGAGUCAGCCCGACAUGCCGGAGGCGGCCGAGCGAGCCGAGAAGUUCCGACAGAAAUACAGACACAAGCUUCAGACCCUCCGUCACCAGCCUUUUGCUUAUGGAUCGCUCACGGUCAGAAGUCUGUUAGACACGAGGGAACACUGUUUAAACGAGUUCAACUUUCCUGAUCCCUACUCUAAGAUCAAACAGAGGGAGAACGACAUGGCUCUCAAGUACUACCAGAAGGUGGUGAAGUCUCUGGAGGAGCUGAGCUGGGAGGAGAGACAGUUCGCCCUGAUCCGGGGUGUCCUGGCCGGGAAUGUCUUCGACUGGGGAGCCAAGGCCGUGUCAGACGUACUGGAGUCGGAACCCGAGUUUGGCUUUGAGCAGGCGAAACGAAAGUUGGAAGAGCGGCCGUGGCUCGUUGACUCCUAUGACCAGUGGUUCGAGAGACUAAAGGGUCCUCCUCAUAAGUGUGCCUUGUUUUUCGUAGAUAAUAGUGGACUAGACAUCAUUCUAGGGGUGAUGCCUUUUGUCAGAGAGCUUCUCUCUCGAGGAACGGAGGUUGUGUUGGCCAGCAACUCGGCCCCGGCUUUAAACGACGUAACGAACGGCGAACUGCAGAUAUUGACCGAAAGCAUCGCUGCUAUGGAUCCAGUGAUCCAGGCUGGUCUGAGGGAGGACAGGUUGACGUUGGUCCAAAGUGGUUCCAGUUCACCCUGCCUGGAUCUGAGUCGUCUGGACAAAGUGCUGGCGAUGGUGGUGCGGGAGCGAAAGACCGACCUGGUGAUCAUCGAGGGGAUGGGCCGAGCCAUCCACACCAACUACUACGCCAUGCUCAGCUGCGAGAGCCUCAAGAUGGCCGUCAUCAAGAACUCGUGGCUGGCCGACCGCCUGGGAGGAAAGCUGUUCAGCGUGGUCUUCAAGUACGAGGUGCCGGCGGCCGGCCACGACUCCGAGGCACUGACGCCGCCGUGACGGAGCUCGAGUCGGGGGGGGGGGGCGGGGCGGGACGGAGCGGCGAAGUCCGGCAACCGAGUACGGAUUAGCUCUGAAUGCCAGGAUGUUGGUUCUCCUGCUGCCACGCGGGGAAUGAAUGGAGAGUUUUAAAAGGGUGAUCAUAGUUAUUUCUUCUUUUUUUUUUUUUUUUUUACAUUUCAUUCUCAAACAUCGUUGAUUUCAGUUUGCUUUCUUGCCGGUCCAAUAUCCCCACGUCCGAUCACUUGGUUUGCUAUACCAUCUUCACCGCUUAUUGAUCUCGAUCAACAUCUGCAGUUUUUUUGGGUUUUUUUGUGCUCCGUCUUCAGCGGCUGCUGCGUUCGCUAAACUCAAACAGUUAUUCAACCGUUAUGACGGAUGAGAUCAUCAGCUUGUGGAGGGGGAAAAAAAUCAAUGAGAGACCUUCAUUUUUCAUCAGUUAUCGACACGCGCUGCCAACACAACGCAGUGUGUGUGUGCACCCGUAGCAGCAAAUGUGUGUGUGUGAGAAAGAGAAAGAGAGAGAGACCGUCACUGUUAACACUUUUUACAUGAAGUGUAUUUAUUGUGCCUUGAGGCCAAUAUGAUUAAUGCGUUAUUCACUUAUUGCUUUUAAUUCCUGUCGCAGGUGAAACGCAGCACAAAUAUCUACUUUUGUUUCCCAGCAUUCUCACGCCAUAGACGAGGAGGAGUCUCCUGUUGUAUUAUUAUUAUUAUUAUUAUUAUUAUUAUUAUUAUUACCGCAAGUGAAUGAAUUAAGAUUAAGAAAUGAAUCGUUGUAGCGAUUCAGGUGUUGGAUCAGUGGGGGAGAAGCAGCACUUUGUCCCAGAGUGAGUUGGCCUUGUUCCUCCACCAGGUGGCAGUAUUCUACUGUGAGUUUCUUCUUGUUCGUCUUUCUUUCAACUCAUGAUUUCUCAAAUCUUUACCAAUGUGCUUGGUGUGAAAAAUGAACGCGGCACAUUUCAGGUUGAAUAUUUCCAACCGCGGAUCGACUGUAAUUUUUUCUGGCGCUGUCAUCCAUCCCGAAAUCGAUCAAUCGAUAAACAAACCUCAGACAAACUGAGAUCACUUCAGUUCAGCACAUCAAGCAUAACCGUGUGUAUAAUUCUCCUGACAAUCGAUUUUAAUUAAAUGGUGAAAACUCUUUA